CAAAACUGUCACUGACAACAUGGCAGUUUGUCGAAGUGUCAGCCGGUUUCGGCUGCCAAAAUACGUAUAACUAAAGCAUGGUGUCUUUUUUAAACAAAAAUUUUAUUUUGUGUAAUACAUAUGGUCUUCAUUAAAACAAUAAAUAACUUUUAAAAUUUAUGCGCUAGAAAGCGUAGAAUAUACCAAGUUUUUUUUGCUUUCUUCGAGUGAUGGAUAGAUUGUUUACGUAGUGUUUAAAUCGCCACGUACUAUGCUUCCCCUAUCGCAUAAAGACACCCUUAAUAGGGGUUUCGGCUCAAGGAUAAAAGAAAAAAUCAACGGCUGGCUCAGAUUAAUUUUCUCAGAUCGAAACUCUAGGAAUUUAUUUCUGUUUUUGUUACUAAACUUAUCCUUUGCGUUUGUUGAGUUAUCUUAUGGAAUAUGGACCAACAGUUUAGGUUUAAUAUCGGAUUCUUUCCACAUGUUCUUCGAUUGUACAGGCCUGCUAGCUGGCUUAGCAGCCUCUGUUAUAACAAAAUGGAAAGCUAAUGAUAAAUAUUCUUAUGGAUAUGUUAGAGCAGAAGUAUUAGCUGGUUUUGUGAAUGGUUUAUUUUUACUUUUUGUUGCCUUCUUUAUUAUGUCUGAAGCUGUUGAAAGAGCCAUUGAACCACCUGAAGUUAAACAUGAACGAUUAUUCUUAGUAUCAGUAUUAGGUCUAUUAGUAAAUCUAGUAGGAAUUUAUGCUUUUCAACAUGGCCAUUCCCAUGGGGGAUCCUCUCAUGGACAUAGUCAUGGGGGCGGCGGCGGUGGAAAUCACGGCUCGCAUGGACAUUCACAUAAUUCUCAUGGACACUCUCAUGAUGAAGAUCUUGGCGGAACUAACUCCCAAAUAAUGAAAGGCGUCUUCUUACAUAUUUUAGCUGACACUUUAGGUAGUGUUGGCGUCAUAAUCUCCGCUAUUUUAAUGAAGAUGUUUGGUUGGAUGAUCGCCGAUCCAAUUUGUUCCAUCUUCAUAGCCCUAUUAAUUAUUUUGAGUGUACUUAGCCUUAUAAAAGACUCGGUGGUGAUUUUAAUGCAACGACAACCGUAUGGGUUAGAUAAUGUUUUACCGCAGUGUUAUCAAAAGGUUGUUGGACUUCCAGGGGUCUAUUCGGUACAAGAACCCCAUUUCUGGACAUUGUGUAGUGACGUGUACGUUGGGGCACUUAAAUUAGAAGUAUCAAAAAAUGUUGAUCCAAAGUAUGUGGUUUCACAUACACAUAUGAUAUUUGCGGCCGCUGGUGUUAGACAGCUUUAUGUUCAAUUGGACUAUACGCCAAUGUGAUUCAAUGUUAUUGGAUUUGAAUGGGGCGAAAACGAAUUUUGUGCUGUAUGUGCGAGAAUAAAACGAUCUACAUUCAGGGUGGUAUUUAAAUAUUUUUGUAAAUAGGAAUUUAUAACAGAUUCUGUUUUUUGUAAUAAGGGAAAUGUAAGUUACGUGUUUAAUAAUAUAUUUUACAUACAUGCUUUUGUAAUUUUAUGGUUACUAUUUUGUAAGAAACAAAAAAUCCUUUAAAUUAAUUCCAAGUAUGACUACUUUAUCUCUUUAUAGCUAAAAAAAAAUAUUGAAAUUGGUCCAUACCAAAAAGUGAUUCUAUUUCAAUGUUUUUAAAGAUUAAUUAUUUCUUGUUGGGCCUCUUUUUAAAGGAUUUUUAUUCAAGAUUUCGUUUAAAUAAUAAGAUUGUUUCUGCUCAUUCCAUUCAUUGUAUUUUCGUAUUGGUUCGUUAUGAGAUUUUUUAAGCUGAUUAUUUAAUAAAAUGAAAGAACGAUUUUAUGAUCAAUAUUUUUUUAUUUAAGAUUUUUUAGUUGUUUAUAAUAAAUCCAAUGUUUGUAUAACGUGAUCAUAACAUAGUUUAAAAGUGAAAAACUUAAUCCUUAAGAUGUGCUAAGAAAUUGUUUUGUAAUAUACUGCAAUUAUUAGUAACUAUUGUCCAAAAUAUACAUAUUAGAAAUGAA